AUGUCCAACGAGCACACCAAGAAGACCCACACCCUCAACACUGGUGACAAGAUCCCCGCCAUCGGUCUGGGAACUUGGCAAUCCAAGCCCAAUGAAGUCCGUGAGGCUGUCAAGAACGCCCUGCUAAAGGGCUACCGCCACAUCGACACUGCCCUGGCCUACGGCAACGAAGCCGAAGUGGGUGCUGGUAUUCGUGACUCUGGCGUGCCCCGCGAGCAGAUCUGGCUUACUACUAAGCUGGACAACACCUGGCACCACCAGGUUGAGAAGGGCAUUGAGUCCUCUCUCAAGGAUCUGGGUGUUGAAUAUGUCGAUCUGUACUUGAUGCACUGGCCCAGCUCGACCGAUCCCGAGGAUAAGUCCAAGCACCUGCCGGACUGGAACUUUAUCAAGACCUGGCAAGAACUCCAAAAACUCCCCGCAACCGGCAAAGUCCGCAACAUCGGCGUCUCCAACUUCGGCAUCAAAAACCUCGAAAUCCUCCUCAACGACCCCUCCACUCAUAUCAUCCCCGCCGUCAACCAAAUAGAACUCCACCCCAACAACCCCUCCCCCAAACUAGUCGCCUACAACACCUCCAAGGGCAUCCACUCCACCGGCUACUCCUGCCUGGGCUCUACCAACUCCCCGCUCUACAAGGACGAGACUCUGCUGUCGCUGGCGGAGAAGAAGGGCAAGACGCCGCAGCAGGUGUUGUUGGUGUGGGGUAUUCAGAAGGGGUGGAGUGUUAUUCCCAAGUCUGUUAGCAAGGCGCGGAUUGAUGGGAAUUAUGAGAUUGAUGGGUGGGAGCUGAGUAAGGAGGAGGUUGGGUUGUUGGAUGGGUUGAAGGAUCGGUUUAAGGUUUGUGGGGAUGCGUGGUUGCCUGUUAAGGUUUUCUUUGGGGAUGAUGAGUAG